UUAAACUAGACCUAAUAGGAGCUUGGCAGAAAAUGGCAUCUAAUACAAUCGAUGUGUAUGUCAAGCUGCCCUCUGGGCGAAACACUUUUUAUUCGACUGUUGGCUCUGCUAAUCUUCACUCUAUUUGUGAAUUGAUAGCCAAAGAAGAACAUAUUAAAAGUAGCCAAGUCAUUUUAAAAUACCAAGGUAAAAUACUGGACAACAACAAAUCGUUAAAUGAAUAUGGAAUAAGAGCGGAAACUAUUCUGAAAGUUGAGAUCUUGGUGCCACAAAUGCUCGACAUUCUCGUCAGUUUUCCCGAAGGCACGGAACAAGUUGCAAUAUCCAACCUAGAGCCUGUGUCGGCGCUGUAUGAUGCUGUGGCGACCAAAUUAUGUUCUUCUAGGUCACAGGUAGAAAUCAAGGUCGAAGGAAGACUGGUAACUCCUUCCUCUUACACGCUACACAAGACGGGUUUUACACAUGGGACCUGCGUCACAGCCGCGAUAAAGAAAGAAGUUCCUAAAGCAACGAGUUGUGGGGACCAACCUGCGCCAGUAAUUGACGAUGAAACAAAACAGUCCGUGAUGAACAGCUUCGACGCAAAAGGCCGCCGUGUUGAAGUGGCUUUCUCUUUCGACACAACGGGAAGCAUGUACCAAUAUCUUUCAACGGUCCGGCAAAAGCUCCAGCAGUGCUGUACACGUCUGCUCCAGGAUAUCCCACAGAUUAGGAUUAGUUUAAUCGCUCAAGGCGAUUACUGUGACUCCGAGUCUUCGUACGCUGUGAGAUCUGUUGACCUUACUUCUGACGUGCAGACACUUGUCCACUUUGCUCAGAAUGUUCCAGCCACUGGUGGAGGCGAUGCACCAGAGUGCUACGAACUGGUCUUGAAAAAAGCCCAGCUGUUGGACUGGUCUGAAGACUCGGCCAAGGCUCUGGUCGUUAUAGGGGACUUACACCCCCACCCUCCGUCAUACACCGACCAGCGUAUCUGGUGGCGAGACGAGCUGAACGUCUUGACGGGCAUGGGGGUUAAGGUAUAUGGCGUUCAGGCGGGGACAGACUCGGUUAAUUCCCAUUUUUACAGAGAGUUGGCUGAAGUGUCUGGAGGAUGUUACCUUAACCUUAACCACAUCGACGUCAUCACAGACAUGUUCCUAGCAGUGUGUUACAACGAGACGAAUGACGACAUGCUGCAAGACUUCGAGGAGGAGCUGGUGGCACAAGGUCACAUGACCGAGCUGAAACAAAACAUGAUCUCACAGCUCAAACAAAAGAACGAGAGCAAGUCUCGGACUCACACAGAAGCAACCAAUACAACAAAGCAUAACGUCUGCCAGCCUUGGUGGGACCUAGCCCUGGACACCGGAACACCAUUUUACACAUACGACGGUCAAACGGACAAGUGGUCGCCAGUACUGCAAAGUACCACAAGCGUGCACUGUGUUCCUGCAGUGAGCUCGGAGGUCAUACCAGUUACCAGAAGUUUACGAAAAAAAUAUCAGAAAUGUAAAUGUUCAGUUAUGUAAUAUAGCACAGAACCAAUGACUGGUAGCCUACUCUUCAAGUCUGCGACUGCUCAA